AUGCCACCAACUACACUCAUCGGCUUCAGUGACGCAAGUUAUGCUUCGGACAUCGAUGAUCGCCGCUCAUUUACCGGCCACUGCUUUAUGCUAGGGGAAGCCCUCAUUUCCUAUCGCUCUUAUAAGCAGCUCUCCAUUGCCAUAUCUACUACUGACGUAGAAUACAUAGCUCUUUCGGACACCAGUUGA